UUAUGUAUACAAAUGUGGAAAUUUAUUGAUAAUUUAUGGUUUUCUUAAGAGAAAAAGAAGAGAGAGAGAGGUCAUUCAUCUUCCUUCCACAUUCUAGGUUUUAUUGUCCUUCGGAAGUGUGUAGACUUGUAAAUAAUCAUUCUCAAGCCUAGUUAAUGGAAUCUUGAAGCUAAGAAUGAUAUCUCUUUGCCUGUCGGAGAUUUAUCGUUUCGGAUUGAGGCAAGAACAUAGAAAUAAUUGUGCGUAAAUAGUUUUUAGCUGGCUUUCAAGCUCUCAAGCUUCUAUAAGCCCUAGUAAUUCCUAAACUUCUGUAUCUUUAGUUUGUAUAGAUCGAUCGCUCUAUAUGCUAGAUGUGCAUCCCCUAGUUUAAAUAGUACAGUGUAAGGUGGACAAUAUAACACAGAAGUAAAUAAAAGGAUCGAUGGAGGGAAGUGGAGAUAGUAUCGAAAGUUCGAAGACAAGCCCUUUUGAGAUAAAUGAUGUUGAAGGUGAAAGUGAGGAGAAAAAUGAAGUUUCCAAGCCUAAAGAUGGAGGAAGCUCAAGCAACAGUACUGUUGAAGAGAACGAGAAGAAGCCAUCCGUAAGGCCUUAUGUCAGAUCAAAGAUGCCCCGACUCCGGUGGACACCUGAUCUUCAUCUGCGUUUUAUCAAUGCUGUUGAAAGACUUGGGGGUCAAGAUAGAGCAACACCAAAAUUAGUUCUUCAAUUAAUGGACAUCAAAGGGCUUAAUAUAGCUCAUGUCAAGAGUCAUUUGCAGAUGUAUAGAAGCAAAAAGACUGAUGAUCCCAGCCAAUUAGGGAUGACGGAUCAGAGGGUAUUUAUGGAAUGCGCAGAUCGAUAUAUUUAUCAUCCAAGGCAGCUUUCUCAUCUUCCAAGCUUUAACCAAAGGGAUGAUUGUGCUUUCAGAUAUGGAGAUGCUUCUUGGAAUGGACAUAGGAAAUGGAUGCAUAAUUCCACCACAAGACAGAAUACUUAUCACAAGAUCAGUCGACCGGGAUUUUACGAUAAUCUUACAGAGAGGAUCUUGAGCAACCAAUAUUAUAGGCCAGUAAGUCAUGAUCUUCUUAGCACCAAAAUUCCCCCUUUCAAUGAAGGAUCCACUUGGAAAAUCAACGAAUCCAAAGAUGAUCUCGGAUCACUUCAUAAGCAUGAAUCUUGGCUAGGUCAAUCUAAACAAAACCCUAUUGGUGAGCUCAAUUCCUUAAAGCUGAUGCAACAGAGAGUUCAUGAGCACAGUACUACGGAUAAUGGAAUUAGUAUCCCUACUCGAGAUAUGGAUCGAACAACGAGUUUUCAGAGGCAGACAACGGUAAAAAGGAAGGCCUCAAACUGUGAUCUCGACUUGAAUUUAUCACUUGGAUCAGAAUCAAGGGAUGAUGAGAGGCAUCAAGGUUUGAAUGACGAUGAGAAUAACUUGUCAUUGUCAUUGUACACUCCGUCUUCGUCGAAGAUUAAGGAGUUAAAAGAAGAUGAUAGUAAUGCAAGAGGGGCGAGUACUCUAGAUCUGACUCUGUGAAUUGAGUAAUUCUAAGUGAGAUCUUGAAGUACUCGUUUCACAAUAUGCAUUUUCAUGGUGUUGUAGCAUUAAGAUAAGUAUAAUACUCAUGUUUAUGUCUUUUUUUUCUC